AUGUUGGAAAAUGUUGAUGUUGCUGCCUUAGCAGCCAAAGCCGCCGCCAAGAAGCCGAAGAAGGCGGCGGGCGGCUCCAAAGCCCGCAAGCCCUCGGGCCCCAGCGUCACCGAGCUGAUCACCAAGGCCGUGUCCGCCUCCAAGGAGCGCAAGGGGCUCUCCCUGGCUGCGCUCAAGAAGGCGCUGGCGGCCGGCGGCUACGACGUGGAGAAGAACAACAGCCGCAUCAAGCUGGGGCUCAAGAGCCUCGUCAACAAGGGCACCCUAGUGCAAACCAAAGGUAUUGGUGCUUCCGGCUCUUUCCUGUACAGUAAGAAAGUGCACCUUCCUGUGCAGCAGAAGGUGCUCGAGAAAAAGCUGGAGGCCAAGAAGCCCGCGAGCGUCCCCGAGAGGUUGCCAGAGGCAACACCACCCCCCACCCCCACAAUUAAUGGAAGGUGCCCCAAGGGAGCCAAAAAGCCGACAACUGCCGCGGCCAAGAGCCCCAAGAAGGUGGCCAGGCCCCGCAAAGAAGCGCAGAAUUCAGCCAAGCCCAAGAGAACUAAAGCAAAGGCGAAGCACACAGCACCUAAGGAAAAGGUGAAACAGCUUGAAAGCAAUAUUGUGCCAGGCAAGAAUCCCAGAGGCCCUUUUAGAGCCACUUGCCUUAACCAUAAAGGAGUUGUGAGCAACAGUCACCCCAUAUUCAUAGAGAAGAGGCACCCCAUCUGGCCAGAAAUGCUAGAAAAGUGA